CUUUUCCUCCCGCUUCAUCCUUCCUUACCCCUCUUUUCCUUCCUGACGCAUGAACAAGACAUUGUGAUCUUUCCAACACCAAUUCUGAGCCUCAUCCUGGCUACAAGGAAGGUAGGGAGGACAGCAUCAUGAUGCCGUUCUCCAUCCCAGCCAGAGUCGUUGAUGAGGCGCAAGACGACCCCAAACAUGCCAGUCCAUCACAUGGUCGUUCUUCUUCUCUCACAUCUCCACCUCCACCACCCAUGUUCUUCAAUCCUCCUCCGGCAUACCCGUACGAGCCUCCUGUAGCUACUAUAUCGCCACCGACCACCUCCCCCCCAGCCUCGUCGGCCAAUCUCACUCUCAAAGGUCAGCUGGGGGCCUUGUUCGGUGAAGAGAAACCCCGUCCGACUCCUCGUCCUGUGCAACGCCUAUCCAGUGAAUCGGCCACAUCUCCCGGAUCUUGGGGCUCGAAAGGCAGCUACGGCUCAACCGGAUCGAGUCAAGAUCCGGAAAGCAGCGAGCACCUGGCUGAAGCUCGUGCAAAGCUGCUCUCAGAGACCCCGAAUCCCAGCGCACCUACCAGCAGACGGCAGUCGGAAUCUUCCGGUGUGUCUGGCAAGUUUGACUUACACAUCAUCAGUCCUACUCCCCCUCUCAUACCGAGGGGACUGGAAGAUGAUCCCGAGGAGGGUCCGACCAAGCCUGUGGCGACUGCUGUCCACGUACCUCAACCGCCAGAACCAGAGGAGCUCGUCCAUGCUUGGGAUAGUGUCUGGCCCACUUCCGGUGCUCCAGUCAGACCUUCUCCUUCCGAUCCUGGACCAUCUCGAUUUCCCAUCGCUCCGAUGUCACCUUUUGUCACUCCGACAUUUUCCCCCGCGGCAAUGCCUCAACCCUCUGCUGCUGGCUUCCGCAGACCUUCGCCCCCAGUUGGGCCACACGGUCGUUCAGGAUCCCCCUCCCCCCUUCGUUUCUCGCCCCAUGGAUCCCCAGGAGUCGACGAUAGGUCGAGUCCAAAAAGGGAUCAGUCACCCGUACCUUCGCCAACAGCUAUCAGGCAUCGCAGAUCAGCCUCGCAUUCUUCUCCCACCGGCGACAGACCAUGGCUCUCACAUGACCGCCUCGGGAAAGAGGGGUCUGUCGCCAGCCCGCCAUGGAGUCCUCUCCGCCCACCCGGUCAGCUUCCUGCUGUCAAGUCUUCGGAAGGUCGUGUCGAGGGACCACUCGUAGUCCGCGCUUUGCAGAGGAAUAAUUCCGGGUCCGGUUUGAAGCUGUCAGAUACUGGACAAACUUCCCCGCGUCUUCCAGCCACAGCGGGGAUCACAGGUCGACCUCGUGGUAAAUCGCUAUCCAAUCGAGGUCCAGUUCAUACUCCAUCUCCGUCAGCCCUUGCGUCGGCAAAGUUGCUGGAAAGAAGAGAUUCAAGAUCCAGCAUCAAUGCGCUGUCGCGUACAUCCUCAUCAAGCUCAACUCAUUCCCCACUGCCUCCGUCUGUUGAGUCCCUCGCGCUAGCUGAGACCUCCUUGGAGCCUAUCGCUUUGCCUCCGGCUGUCAGCCUUCCGCCCGUUCCCACCUCCGAGAUCACCGAUGUUGAGAAAAAGUUGAUUAGAGUCACCUCACCACCAUUGUUUGCCCCCGUCGCCCGCCCGGCAAAGCUACGGCGAGCCUUGUCCGACUAUGAAGCGGCUGCCCGUCCUGGCCUAAGGAGUUUUGCACAGUCCCUGAAUUCUGCUGCCGACACAGGUCUUUCCACCAAACGCUCACUCGACGAUGCUGCUCUGCCUUCUCCCUCGAUAUCCAUGGACAACGGUGCGCCGCCCCUGCGUUUGAAUAAAUCACCAAGGAUAUCACCCCACAUCCUCCCUCCGAUCAGCGCCACAUUAAGCGGCCCGAAAUCUCCUUUCCUCGGCAGCGGUCCAUUUGAAGACAAGACGCCGAUAAAUACCGGUGACCUCGGUGAACUGCCGGGUCGUUUCGAGGAGUUUGGUCUUUACGACGAAGGCGACAUGCUUCCCGUCGGCGUAGCCGAUCUCGAUAUGGACGUCACUUUCGAUGACGAAGGUUUAAGCCAAUUGGAGAGGAUAUUCCUGCUGAGCAAGUCGGAAUACCCUUUCCAUCGUGCCUACGUAGCACGAAUGCUGGCAGAUCUAUUGGAAGAGGUGGAUCCAUGCGAAUCAGUCGAGUAUGUCCUUCCACUAUUGAUAAAUUAUUCACUCGACGCGGACGAUUCGGUCAAGGAGUCGUUUGCUGGGGAGUUGCACAAGGUACUUUGGUAUUUUUUCUCCCGAUGUAAUCUCGUGGAGACGGAAGUUGAUACUGGGGAGGAGGGCCAUAGCGAGGUUACGACUCCCCUUCCCUUACCGAUUCCUGUGUCUCAGGCUGCGGUGACUGUCACUUCGGAGGGAAUGCGCGUCAUACCGAAGCCCAGUGUCGAAGAUGACCAUGUUUUGCAGCCAAAAAGGGAUGCCACGCUUUCUCCGGCUCCUGGCAAUGCUAGCGCUGGCUCAAGCUUGCGAGCGGAAUCUGCGACCAUGAUCGGUACUCCUGACCGAGGAACUGUCGAUACCCCAAACUCUCUCAGCAUCCAAUCCGAUGAUACAGCUUUUAGUCCUCAUAUCAUGGUUCCGACUCGAACUGUCGACGAUCAAGGCGACCAAGACGGAGCCAAAGCUGCCCCUGUGUUGUGUCCUCCUCCCACCCUCUCUGUUCACGUCUUCACGCCUCUUUUGUGCUCUCUACUUCUCAGCUCUCACGCAGCAGUAGUAGAAGCGGUCCGCGUUGGUCUGAUAGCCAUUCUCAGCAGACUACGAGACCGUCCCGUCCCCGAUCCGAACAUGUGGAAGUCCGAAUGGCACGAUAACUGUGAAUGCAAUGAACGUCGCACAUUCCUGUCACAAGAUGGUCCCCACGCACAUGAUCUCAUGCCGAUGUCUCGAUCAGCUCGAAAUAUGGUGGAAAGAUGUGUAGUCGAUGGUAUCAUUCUGGGAAUGGGUCGGUUAACAACUGUUGUCCCGGAGAACUUGUUUGACGAUACAGAUGACCCGAUGGGACAAGGAGUGGAUUCUGAGACGGAUCAGGAGUUGUUACAGGCUCAGUUGAUGCAAGAGGCCAACGCUGGAAGGGCAAUGUCGAUGCUUCUGAUUGGGACAGUGGCGGAGUUGUAUGAUCCGCACGAGCUGGUGGAGGUCGGGUUUUUACAUGAGAUUUUGAGAUCCCGGGAUGGGGAUGAGGAGAUAAGAGCAGAAGGCGCAUUGGCAUUGGCUCAGUUAGCAAAAUUGUGUCCGGUGGAAUACAUCCAAGAGAUGCUACCGCUCUUUGACGACUACCUGGUGGAUCCCAGUCUGUCGGUCAGACAGUCUAUCUGUUUCUCCCUACCCGUGCUUUGUCGAAGAAUAGAAGACAGUCAGAGUCGACGAGAUUUAGCUGUCCGUGGGGCGAUAACACUUGCCCAAUCAGAUGCCUGGCAGUCCAUCUUGGAGGUAUUGGGUGAAGUCAUUCACUGCUUUAUUUCUGAUCCUCUUGGUCCACCUAAAGAGUUAUUGGAGAUUUUUUGUGAUGAUAGUUCCAUUCCACCUCUUUCAGCUACAGACACAGACUGGGAUGUGCUAGUGGCAUACAAUUUUCCUGGUGUCUGUCUUACACUCGGCGCCGAUCGUUGGCCUGAAUUACUUCCUCUACUCGAACGAAUAGUCCAUCGUGCCGGUGCAAGAGUGAUGACCACCAUAUCUUCUUUCUUACAUGAACUUUCCCGUAUCCUUCGACCUGAUCAAGUCGCCUCCAAUCUCUUACCCAUCUUUCAUCGUUGUCUCGGACACUCUGACGCUACCAGAGAAAGGAUAUAUGAACAUCUAGACGUGUUCCUCUCUGGUCUUCCUUCACAAGAAGCAUGGGAUUUAUUCUCCUUUUUAGCGGAAAAAUCAAAAACGGACGCAUUAGGUGGUUGGCGAGCAAGAGAAAAACUAGCCCUUCACGUACCUGCUUUUCUCACUUUAUUUCCUGAAGACUAUCAAGCAAGUCGUAUACUCGAAAUGACACAUUCAGCAUUGAUCGAUAAAUUCGCAUGUGUACGUGAUGCCGUGACUUUAUCCGUCCCUAGGACAUAUGAUUUACUUCGAAAUCGACCCAUACCAGCUGAAGCUUUCAGAAGGAUGAUCCUGGAUUUAGGAGAUUCGGGGAUAUACAAACAUCGUCAAACAUUUGUCCGUUGUAUCAGAGAAUUCGCAAGACUACCUCCGAAUAGAAAAGUUUUUGAACAAUUUUUCUUACCUUUCCUACCACGUCUCACGCAGGAUGUAAUUGAUGUGAGAUUAUCAUUAGCUCAAAUGGUAGCGAAUUUAUUUGUUGUAGGAGCUUUUUAUGGGUUUACAGGUCCUAAAGAUCCUGGAUUUGGGGGCGAAGAUAUGUCCAUUAUGAGUAUGGGAGAAAAUGGUCAAGUGAUUAUUCCUGCCGCUAUGGAAAGACUCGCUACUGCUUUGGCGGAUGAUGAAAGUUCAGAAGUACGUGAUACUUUGAGAAACGUAUUGGACCGUUUGAGUCAUGGAAAGGAAGUUGGGUUGAUUGGUGUUGCAGAUGAUACUGAACAGUUGGGGAGUGAUGGUGGUAAGGAAAGUUUGAAUGAGAAAGGAGAAGAAAUGGAGGAAGGGAAUCCAUUCGCGGAGGCGUUUGAGGAUGUGAUCUAG